CGGCACUUGCGGUCAAUCGAUAACAUAUCGCGCCUUCUGUUAUCGAAAGACAGCGAAUAGUUUUGUUUGCAAACACAAUUUAAAGUAAAUAAAAAUUAUAACACAAAUUGAAGUUAAACUUACCUAUGGAACCGGUGGCCAUCCGGCCAAAGGCACCAGGAGAGGCCAACUGCGGAGCCCUGCGGCUGGCGGCGAAAAAGCCGGCCAAGAAGCGCAUGUACCACUGCGGCGUUUGCUUGGCGGAAUUCCCUGGUCAUUUGGCCACCAAGCGGCACGAGCAGCAUUGCGCAGCCAAGUUGAGGCGUCUGUUCGUCUGCCGCCACUGCCUGACGCUCUUCGGCGAGGAGGCCCGGCUGGAGCGGCACCAGAAGCGAAAGCACGUCGACGGUCAGUUCCUGUGCCUCCAGUGCGGCAAGCGGUACGCGUCCGCCACGUUUCUGUACCGCCAUGUGGUCAGCUGGCACGGCGAACAGUCGCUAUUCUACUGCGCCAUGUGCGCGGACAACUGCAACGAUGUGAAGACCUUCAGCGGGAUGCUGGAGCUUCAGGAGCACGCCGAGGAUGUGCAUCGCCUGCGUUCCCUGGAGUCCACCGCCAGUGAGGCAGGCAGCCAAGUUGAUGAAACGCAGAACCUUGAGAUGCUGGAGGAGAACAUCGAGGACAUAUUGCCCAGCAUCGACUGGGACGACGAUCUCACCUUUGACUGGCCCAUGGGCCUUAACAAGGAGUCGUGUAUUGUGGACGCGAAGCCGAGCGUUUUUGUGUGUCCCUUGUGCGCCAACGGAUUCACCGGCAGUCUGAGCCUAGUGCGGCACCUGGAACAGGUUCACGAGCGCAGUCCACUGGUUUGCUGCUACUGUGGCAAGAGCCAUGGCAGCCGAGAAGCCCUGCGAUCGCACCUGCAACGUGUUCACGUUCUGUUGCGCGGUCAUGUGUGCAGCAUUUGCCAAGCAGACUUCGCCACCGCCGAUCAUCUAAAGAAGCACGUGAACAGCCAGCACCUGAACCACCGACCGCAUCUGUGUCCCACCUGCGGCAAGAGAUUCGCCCAGCGGUGCCACCUCAUCCAGCACUUGGCCACGGAUCGCGGCCAUGGGCACGGCAAGUACGUCUGCCAACUCUGCCUGUGGCCCUUCUUUCGGGCCAUCGAUCUCGAACGCCAUGUGAUUAAGAAGCAUCCGUAGGGCAGUCAUCCUAGCGGGCAUCGUAGGUACCUUCGGUGUUAUAAGUAACACCUUCUCACGUCUGGAAUUACGCUUAAUAACUACUUAUGAAAAGAGUAAAUGUAAGGUUUCAUUAUCUUUAUUAUUUCGUUUGUAUAGAUCUUUAAAGUUACUAUUCGUGUUAUCGCAAAUGUUUCUCCAAGUGAACUUGAAUUGAAAGUUUGAAUUUUUGCUGUAAAAUAACUGUUUACAAGACGACCUAAUUUACACCUUAAGAACUCACUGGUACUAUAAAUAUAUAAA